AUGUCGACCAAUCAACAGUUUGUACGCUUCACGCUGGCAGACGUCGUCUCCCCCCCCCCCCCCUACAGCGCAGCCCCCCCCAAAAGAGAUGAUCCGCCUGGAGCCCCCCCACACCCCUCCCCUCUCCUGGUCCGGGCCGACGCCCUCCGCCACGCCGGCUCCCUGUGUGACGUCGUCUUCUCCCUGGAGGGCCAGACCUUCGGGGCCCACUGCCUGGUGCUGGCCUGCACCAGCCCCACGCUGGCCCCCCGGCUCCUGCAGGGGGGCCCGGCGGACCGCCCUCUCCGCUGCACGCUGGACUUCUGCUCCCCCCGCACCUUCCAGCAGGUGCUGGACUACAGCUACGGCCAGGCCCUGGCCGUGCCCCCGGCGGACCUGGGGCCCUUGCGCACCGCCGCGGGGCUCCUGGGAAUGAGGCCCCUGGAGGAGCAGUGCCGCGGUCUCCUAGGGAGCCUGGACUACAGGGCGGCGGAGGUCAGACGGGCGCUGGAGGAGCUGGAGGAGUCGAGGGCGGGGCCCGGCCGACGGCGGGAGGGACCGCCGUGCCGAGGGGAGACGGGACGGGGGGACUCCUCUGCUGAGGGGGAGACGGGGAGGGAGGAAGAGGAGGAGAGCAGCUGCCCUCCCACGUCUUCUCCGCCGCCUCCCUCCGAUACACCUCAAGGCCAAACAAGCGUGGUUCUGUCCAGGAAGCGGGCGCUCCCGUCGUCCCCGCCGGCGGGCCCCUACGCCAGGGACAGCGUUAUCAGGGCCUCUUCGCCCUGUUCUCCGCGGGCCUCCGUCACCAGCCAUCCUGCUUGGGCCUCCGCCAACCACUGGCACCAUGUGACCCUGAGGCUGAUGGCUCAGCGCUACUCCGACCUGGUGGCCGAGCGCCAACACCCCUUCUCCCAGGGGCCUCAGUCCGGGCUCCUGGCCCAAAGGGCCCCUGACUUCGCCAAUGUUCAGUCACAACGCCCCCCUGAUCUGGAGGACCUGGUCCGACGAGACCUGAAGAGAAUGGGUGCUGCGAGCGACGGCAGUGAGUCCAGGUACUUAAAGAGAAUUCCCGGCGCUCAGCACGUCUUUGUGAACCCCCAUCAUGCAUCCCUGCUGACGGAGAGGUGUACCGCGUCCUCAGGUGAAGCCUACCAUCGCUAUAGGACCGGUGGUGAAGGAGGAGGUCUGAGUCCUCCCCAGCCCGGAGCCAAGCCAUUCCAGUGUCUACGGUGUCCCAAGAGGUUCAGUCUGAAGCACCAGCUGGAUACUCACCACAGGGUUCACACAGGUGAGAAACCGUUCGAGUGCCGCCUGUGCGGCCAGCGCUCCCGGGACUACUCGGCUAUGAUCAAACACCUGCGCACGCACGGGGGCGCGGGGCCCUACCAGUGCACCGCGUGCAGCGACUACUGCAGCAGUCUGGCGGCCAUGCAGAAAGAGUCGCGCGGGGGACUCGCGCAGGAAGUCACGCGCGGGGGACUGGCGCAGGGACCCGGGGUGGGACUGGCCACGCAGAACCGUUAA